AUGAACCCACACUACGAGACUGCAAAAGUAGCAGCCGAACAGUGGCUGAAUUCAUAUGGCAUAGAUAAUAUCGAAAAGGUGAAGAAGGCGCAAUUUCCUUUACUUGCUGCAAUGGGACAUUGUACGGCAGAUGCCAAACGACUUUAUGUCUUAGCCAAUUAUUAUCAAUGGGUGUUCAUUUAUGAUGACUAUUUCGAUAAUGGUAAAUGGAGCAAAAGUUCAGAAGAUGCUAGACAUGCCGCUGAUCUUACCAUAAAUGUUUUGCGCGAUCCCGAGACAUUUACAAAAACUUCAUUCUUACCUGCAGACAUGCUAAGAAGCUUCAUGCUAGAUAUUCAUGAAACGGCAACUGAACGAUGUCAACAACGUCUCGUUAAACACUUUCAGAACUUUAUUAAUGCUGCCGUUGAACAAGUUAUUAAUCGGUCAAAGGAUAUCGAUCUUAGUAUCGAUAGCUACAUUAAGCUGCGUCGUCAAACAGGCGCACUGUCAAGUGUCUAUGAUUUGGUCCAGUAUGAUUUGAAUCUCGAUGUUCCAGAUGAGGUCCUUCAUAACCCUACCAUGAAAAAGCUUGCGCUUUACAUUAAUGAUAUUUGCUGUUGGGCAAAUGAUAUCUACAGUUUUAACAUUGAACAAGCUUGGGGAGAAACUCACAAUCUGGUCAUUAUUAGUAUGGGAGAAGGUCGCUCACUACAAGAAAGCAUAGAUUUUGUUGGAGAUCGUGUCAAAGAGCGUUUCAAUGCUUAUGUAUCUGAAAAGGAGAAGAUUCCUUCGUGGGGCUCAAAAAUUGACCAAGAUGUCGCAACCUAUUUAGCUGCAGUAGAACAAUGGGCUAUUGGCUUUAUUCAUUGGAGCUUUGCAACAGAGAGAUAUUUUGGUAAAUCUCAUGAAGAAGUUAAGAAGACAAGAGUAGUAACACUCUUACCGCGAAAAAAGGCAUAA